AUGGAUGCCCUUAAUAACGUCAUAUAUCUUUUGAGAGACUUCGCUAAAGACAGUGUCUGUCUCUUCAACCGUUGCCACAAGCCCGAUUGUAAACAGUUCACGAAGGUGGCACUCUGUAUAGCGAUCAACUUCGCAGUGAUGGGAUUCAUUGAAUUAUUCGUCAAACUCAUCUUUAUUUCUAUUAAGAACAUCAUCGUUUGCUCUACUUAG